ACUGCCCCAAGCUUGUGCCUGGUCCAGAACGCUAGGUUGGGACGAAGGUGAUGCGAUUAAGGAUGUCCGAGAGGAGGUGCUGUCUCUGCUGCACAGAGGCGGGCCCGAGGUUCGGCGCCUCCCGGGGUGCCUCGCGCCAGGCCCGGGAGCGAGACCGCGGCGCGGGUAUCCCCCCGCCUCUCGAGCACUUCGGUCCCCCUGCGCCUAGAAGUCCGAUGGCGGCGGCGGCGUUGAGGGACCCGCCUCAGGGUAGUGUGACUUUUGAAGAUGUGGCCGUGAACUUUUCCUGGGAGGAAUGGGGUCUCCUUGACGAGUCUCAGAAACGCCUGUAUCAUGAUGUGAUGCUGGAGAACUUGGCACUUAUAAGCUCCCUGGGUUGUUGGCCUGGAGAAGAGGAUAAGGAGGCAUUUUCUGAACAGAGUAUUUCUGAUCAAGGAUGCUCACAGAUCAGGAUUGUUAAGGCAGGUCUGUCUCCCCAGAAGGCCAACCUCUAUGAGAUAUGUGGCCCGCUCUUGAGUGACAUUUUUCACUUGGCUGAGUACCAGGAACCACACUGUGGGCAGGAACUCCACGUGAGUGGGAUAUGUGAGAAGCCAUUCUAUUUUGGAGUAAACUUUCAUCAGCACCAAAAGCAGCAUAUUGGAGAGAAACCAUUGAGAAGUGAUGUGAGGAGAGCCUUGUUUGUGAACAGCUGCAAAGUCUAUGUAUCAGUGAAGCCCUUUACCCUUGGGAAUAUUGGGAAGGACUUCCUGGGCAACUCAGGAUUUCUUCACCAACAGGCCACACACAACUGGCACAAAUCACAUAGUGGAACUAAGUGUGAGACUCCCUUUCUAAGGGGUAAAAAUCAUUAUAAUUGGGGAGACUACACAAAACCUAUGAGUGGCAAACACACACUUGUUCAGCACCAGAGAGUCCUCACUAGAGAAAGAUGUUACGUGUGCAGCGAAUGUGGAAAAUCAUUUAGCAAAAGCUCUCAUCUCAUUAGACAUCAGAGCGUUCACACUGGAGAAAGGCCUUAUGAGUGCAACGAAUGUGGCAAAUCUUUUAGCCAAAGCUCAAACCUCAUUCAGCAUCAGAGAGUUCACACUGGAGAAAGGCCUUACGAGUGCAGUGAAUGUGGGAAAGCCUUUAUCCAAAGAUCACAUCUCAUUCAGCACUGGAGAGUUCACACUGGAGAAAGGUCUUAUGAGUGUAAAGAAUGUGGGAAAUCUUUUAACAAAAGCUACAGCCUCAUUCACCAUCAGAGUGUUCAUACUGGGAGAAGGCCUUAUGAAUGUGGUGAAUGUGGGAAGUCAUUUUCCCAAAACUCUGUGCUCCUUCAACAUCAGAGAGUUCACACUGGUGAGAGUCCUUAUGAAUGCAGUGAAUGUCAGAAAUCUUUUCGACAAAGCUCUGCACUCCUUCAGCAUCAGAGAGUUCAUACUGGAGAAAGGCCUUAUGAGUGUGGUGAAUGUGGGAAAUCCUUUAGAUAUAUCUCCAACCUCAUUACACACCGGAGAGUUCACACGGGAGAAAGGCCUUACGACUGCAGUGAAUGUGGGAAAUCCUUUAAGAAAAACUCUUCACUCCAUCAACAUUGGAGAGUUCACACUGGAAAAAGACCUUAUGAGUGCAGUGAAUGUGGGAAAUCAUUUCGCCAAAAUGUUGUCCUCCUUCAACAUCAGAGAGUUCACACUGGAGAAAGGCCUUACAAGUGCAAUCAGUGUGAGAAAUCCUUUAGAUACAUAUCCAACCUCACUACUCAUCGGAGAGUUCAUACUGGAGAAAGGCUUAUAAAUGUAGUGAAUGUGGGAAAUCAUUUAGCCAAAGCUCUAACCUCAUCACACAUCGGAGAAUUCACUCUGGGAAAAGGCCUUACAAUUUGGGGAAUCUGUUGAGUUCUUUACCUACAACUCCAGUCUCUUAAAACACUGGAUCAAGGCCUUAUGAAUGCAAUGAAAGUGAUUAGGCCAUUAACCCAAAGUCUUGACUCUUUGGAACCACAGAUUUCAGAAGGGAAAAACACCUUACAUGUGUAGGAUCGUACAGUUUCCUUUUUCAGCGGAUCUACUCUUGAGAUCCUUCCUGGUGGUACCAUCUGAAUUGAACAUCAUACAUCCAAACAUCUGCAAACAUCCCAGCCUGCUGUGUUGUUUUUUGGUUGGCAUUACAUGUGUCAGAAGCAGGAUACAGGAUGCAGACCUGCACGAGCCCUCACCAACUCUGACACUGCCUUGUAUUCAAAUCAGGUGCCUAGAAGCCCUUUGAGCUUUUCAUCUCCUUGGUAAUCCCAGAUCAUGGUGGUAAGUCUUCCUGUACUUAAGCCACCUACCUUGGUAGAAGUUCCAGUUUCAGCAAAGGGUGUCCUUUGUUGCUGACUUCUGUCCUCUAGGAUUUUGUUUCUGGUUUUGUUUGAGUGGCCUCCACUAUUUUUAAAAAUAUUUUAUUGAAGUAUAGUUGACUACAAUGUCAUGUUAAUUUCUUUUGUACAGCAAAAUGACUCAGUAAUACAUACAUUCUUUUUCACUGUUUUCCAUUAUGGUUUGUCUGAUGAUAUUGAAUAUAGUUCCAUGUGCUAUACAGUAGGACCUUGUUUAUCCAUCCUAUGUAUAAUAUAAUAGAUGGCCUCUGCUAAUCCCAUAUUCCCAGUCCUUCCCUCUCCUACCCCUAUUCCGCCCUGGCAAUCUCAGGCAAUCUCUCACUAUAUAUCUGUGAGUCUGUUGUUCUUUUAUAGUGGCUCCAUUCCACAGACAAGGAAAUUGAGGCUCCAGAACCAGCGGGCAGCCCUGCUGCUGGGAUGAGGCAGAGCAGUGACCUGAACCCCGAGGCAGAAGAGUCUCAGCGGGGCGGCUAUCUGUCUGCUGAAGACACAGAUACACACUUAAAUAGACAAGAGAUUGGACUUCCCUGGUGGCUCAGUGGUAAAGAAUCUACCUUCAAGAAACCUGCUUCAAGAAAUCCCACAUGCUGAGGAGAAGCGAAGCCCGCGUGCCCCAACUGCUGAACCCACAUGCCCUAGAGCCCAGGCUCUGCAACACGAGAAGUACACUGCAAUGAAGAGUAACCCCGGUGUGGUGCAACUUGAGAAAAGUCCUCUCGGCAACGAAGACGCAGCCCAGCCAAAAAUAAAUAAAUUUAAAAAAAAGAGAGAUUUACUUCUUGUUGAAAAUGGGGAAUGAGAUUUCCUUCCUCUCAGAGCAUUUACUUUAGAAAACUUGUAGGAACUGUCUCAUCUUUUUAAAAUGCAUGUCUUUGAAGACUUCUAAGAAGGCCUUUUCUCAGCUGGUCUUUUUUUUUUUUUACCUCCAGUUUUAGGAUUCAUACGUCUUUCUCAAGAACCUGGCUCCCAUCUCCUGACACUGAAGAUGGGGAGAUAGCUCACCAGGCAGUUCUGUUAGGAGGAUAGGAGUCUCAUCUUAGUGGAUGCCAUGCUCCAACUUUAAAAACUACCUUCAGUUAUAGAGAUGAGAAUUUUGUGUUUCCUCUAGAUAAAACCAAUAAACUACACAGUCACCCCAAUUACCAGGUAAAAUUAGGACUCUGUGUGACAAAUGGUAUUGUCAGCUCCUCUUUCUCGAGGACUAGGGGAGUUAGAUUUUUUUUUUCCUGUCUUUACAGUUUCCUAGUGGAUUGCCUGUGAUGCACUG